AUGGUCUCGGCUCGACCUCUGGUAAAUAAAGGGCUAAUUAAAAGAGUUGGUUCAGGGAAUUCUAUCUCGGUUUGGGAAGAUCCCUGGAUCCCAGCUUCUCGCCCGAGGCCAGCCACAGGACACGGGGCUAAUUUUUACCCUCAUCUUUGGGUGAGUGAAUUGAUGACACCCGGCACAUCAACGUGGAAUUUACCACUAUUACAUCAGCUUUUUGAUAGCGAGGAUGUUCCCAUCAUUUUAGGGAUUCCGACAUCCAGCACCACUAGGCCGGACUCGAUGGGAUGGUUUUUUACAAAAUCGGGAACCUAUACGGUAAAAUCAGGGUACAUUUUGGCGCAACAAAGUCUUGAUGAGGCUAAUCCGAUCAAGUAUGGUCCGGAUAUAAGUCCACUACAAGCAUACACGUGGAAAGUGAAAUGGGCACGGCUACGGAGUCGCGGCAUUCAAAUCGACCCACAGUGCGUGCGGUGUGGUAUGGCUCCGGAAACGGUUAAUCAUAUGUUAUUUGAAUGUCCACCAGCGUUACAGGUGUGGGCUUUAUCCCCUAUUCCUACAGCAUUGGACCAUUUCCCAACAGGAGAUCCUAAUGAUAUUAUUAAUCAUGCGGCAAGUGAGGCGGUAGCGUGCAGAACGGCACAAGAAAAACAGGAGGUAACCCCGGCCCUGGUGGGGGAUCCGGCUGAGUUAUCUGUCAAAGGUGAAAUUUGUCAGAUUGAUGGAUCAUGGAAAGCCACAGAUCCCCGAGCGGGUCUAGGUUGGUAUAAUUUUAAUACGGAAACGGGCGAAAAGCUCAUGGGUACAUGUAACUUAAGGCGGGGUAUAUCACCACUCCAGGCAAAGCUUGAAGCGCUGGUAUGGGCCAUGCAGUGCAUGUUACGGCAGAAGAAGUUAACAAUAGUGUUUCAAACGGACUGUUCCGAUGUGGUAAAGAUGGUGUCUAAACCCGAGGAGUGGCAGCUUUUGCAACAAGACUAG